GGAGCCUUUGAGUCAUGUCAGCUGAGGGAGGAACUUCGACAACAGAAAAUCAACCAGGAAACAGAGGCUGCCAAACUGAUCCACCGUCUCGGUCUGACGGAUAAACGGCGGCGUUAACAACAGGCAUUACACAACACAUUAGUACAGGAUUUAUAUUUUGUAAUUAGGUUUGAUACACAGCAGCAACAUGGCUUCCCUGUUCAAGAAGAAGACUGUCGACGAUAUAAUCAAGGAGCAGAACAAGGAGCUGCGCGGCACACAGAGGCAGAUCACCAGAGACAGAACAGCGCUGGAGAAACAAGAAAAACAAAUGGAAGCAGAGAUCAAGAAAAUGGCAAAGAGCGGUAACAGGGAGGCUUGUAAGAUUCUCGCCAAGCAAUUAGUUCAGCUGAGGAAGCAGAAGACCCGGACGUACGCUGUCAGCUCCAAGGUCACCUCCAUGUCUACGCAGACAAAGCUCAUGAACUCCCAAAUGAAGAUGGCCAGUGCCAUGUCUACCUCAGCCAAGACAAUGCAAGCAGUGAAUAAAAAAAUGGAUCCACAGAAGACACUGAAAACCAUGCAGGACUUCCAGAAGGAGAACAUGAAGAUGGGCAUGACAGAGGAUAUGAUCAACGACACUUUGGAUGAGAUCUUUGAAGAAUCUGGAGAUGAAGAGGAAUCUCAGGACAUUGUCAACCAAGUUCUGGAUGAGAUUGGCAUUGAGAUCUCAGGGAAGAUGGUGAAAGCUCCAGCUGCAGGAAAAAGUGUCCCCGGUGCUGCUGCCUCCUCCAAAGCCACCAUCUCUGACGACGAGAUUGAAAGACAGCUCCGAGCUCUGGGAGUCGACUAGGUUUCGUCUUCGUAUUAAUGUUCCAAUUGUUAGAAACACUGGUUUUGUCAUGGUUCGAGCGUACACACUUACACACACACACACUUACACACACACACACACACACACACACACACACGUUUAUUAACACAUACAUAUUGUCACAUUCGCCUUAGAGAUCAUUAUGGCAGAACGUGAUCUAUUUAUGUGAAAAUAAUAUUUAUUACAACAUCGGAGACGCCACAUCUCAAAGGUGGACCAGCAGUUGAUGUUUCACCUGAAAAACUGAUUACACUGUUGUUUACCACCCAUCUGUCUUUAUAAGGGCUACAAGUGUAUGAGAUCUUGGAAUUGGCUUUUCCCUUCUGGUGUUUUGGUCAAUCUUGAAUUAGUCCUAUAAUCUCGGUCUGCUUUUAUACAUUUGAAGAAGGAUGGUCUUUCUUCAGGAAGUUUUAAUGAAUAAAACAUGGUAAUUAAAAAGCAGUUUUGGGGAUGUCAAUAAGCAGAUGGAACUUGUAUUUUUUCCCAACUCAGACUAUUUAUGUGCUAUCUUUGUUGCCAUUGGUAAAAUUAAAACCAAUUUAAUCCACUUUCUCUGAGGCAAACUUUCCCUUUUAAGGAAUUCUUUUGUCAAAUUUGCAACGUUUUAUGGAUAAAAUGCCUCUGUUUGAUUUCUUUCUCAUCCUGAGAUAUUGGAGAUAAGACAGACACUUAAUCAUGCUAACUAGCUAAAUCAUUACCAAGAUUUUUUAGGUUUGCCACCAUAGGUACUGCAGACAGACAUAUGCAUGUGAAACACGUAACUAAUAUCUUCGAGCUGGGGUCAGGCUUUCAAUUUACGUGCAUGAAAUGAAAAGAAAAAUUGAUCCGAGAGCAAACUGGCUAGCAUUUUUGUAAUACUGUACAGAUUAUAAAAUUAAAUAAAGUUGAGAUUAAAAACACAAUUUAGGGCUAAUGAAAGACUGGCAUGUCAAAGAGAUUUAAAUCCAUAAUUAAAGCCAGAGGCUUCUGGGAGAUGUUUGAUUUACACAGAGAUCGUAAGGUGGUACUGAUCCUGCAGUCCCUCUACUCUGCAGCUGCUGUGCAGUUGCUGUCAUGUGUUUAUUUUUUGGUUUUUUUGGUUGGUUUUUUUUUAAAAAGCUGCCUCACUCACAGAAACACACACACUAAAGGAACGAAAUGAUGGAAACGUUUGCUAAUAUAACACUGUGAUUGAGGAGAUUUCUUCUCUUCUCCAGCUGAAGCAGGUUUUUCUUUACAGUGAUUUGUCAGCGUCAGCCGUUCCAGGCUUCGUGACAGUGACAGCCAUAUCUCCUUAACGUUUUCUUUGUUUGUGCCCCCUCGUUUAGACUCCCUUUGCCAAAAUAAACCGAAUAAGAUUCAUCCUUGCGUAUGUCGGAAAUCUACAAGUCAUAAUUCUUUGAAUUUUUGCAAAAAAAAAUUGUUCCUCAACCUUACACCAAUCUGUUGUGAUUGAGAACAGAAUCAGUUAACAGACAUUUUUUGAGUGCCGUUCUACAAUAGGAUAUUACCAUGCAUUUUUAAAGGUGUAUGUAUACUCACUUUUGUUUCCUUCUUAUUGUAAAGUGUAAAGGGUGUAUGGCUUUUAUAAGGAAUAAAGUUUCCUCAGGUAUGAUCGGA